AUGAAGCAGCCAGACGCAAUACAAAGAAACUACAGCGGCCAAGAGACCCUGGUCGAGGAAGAGAUUGGAACAAUUGACCUACAUGGAGCACACCGGGAGUUAUUGAACCCCCGGCCGUCCCAAGAUCCACAAGAUCCUCUGAACUGGCCACUAUGGCUCAAGAUUCUCAUCUUGACUCAAACGUCUCUUCUUGCCGCAAUUGGCGGUCUAAACACAGCUGCAAUCAACCCCGCAACGGUGUUGCUCGCCCAAGACUUUGGGAUCAGCAAGGUUGCUGCUUCGUAUCAGACCACCGUCUGUAUAGCUCUCAAUGGAAUAGCCCCUUGGCUGUGGAUUCCGCUUGCGAACAAAUAUGGUAGACGACCAGUCUACCUGGCUACAACCUUCCUGGGCUUCAUCUCCUCCCUAGGCUGUGCCUACACCCAAUCUUAUGGCCAGCUUAUUGCUGCCCGAGUGUUCAACGGGUUCUUUCCCGUCGCAUUUGCUCUGGGUGCUGCCACCGUCACAGACUUGUUUUUCUAUCAUCAGCGCGGCAGAGCCAUGGGUUUCUUCACCGUUACCAUGGUGAACGGAAGCCACCUAGCUCCCAUUGUCGGAGGUUUGUUGGGCGAAUACUGCGGCUGGCGAUGGAUCUUCAAGUUCGUGGCUAUUGUGGACGCGGUCAUGUUGACCACUGCCUUCUUCUGUCUUCCAGAGACACUAUACCUCAGGAAAAGGCGUGUCGACGUGUCGAAGCCGGACUUACUCAAGCUGCCGACUGAGCAGAGGCCUCGGUUCACCAAAGAAGUCUACCUUUCCCGCAUGCGACUCCGUCCGAACUUCCCUGAACUGAGAUUGAGACCUAACCAGUUUGUGCUUCCGGCGUUGAAGAUGGCUAAGUAUCCCUCGGUGUUAUUUCCGGCUCUCUACUACGCCACUAUGUAUGGUUUUGCGUCCAUUCUGCCGGCGGUGACUGUCGCGACAAUUUUCACAGAGUUCUUCCAUUGGAACACCCUGACCAUCGGCCUCACUUAUGGCGCAUCUCUCACCAUCGGAGGCGUCCUCGGCGAGUGCGUCUCGGGCUGGGUCGUUGAUGGCAUGGUCAAGCGAGAGCGAAAGCGACUAGGCCGUGAUCCAGAACCAGAGGUUCGACUCAACGCCAUCUGGAUGGGUGAAAUCAUCGUCCCCGCUGGGUUGCUGAUCUAUGGCUUUUGCUUGCAAUAUCGUACGGUGUGGAUUGCGCCAAUACUCGGGAUGGGCAUCGCGUGCUUUGGCCUGCAAAUCAUCACAACAACGACAUACACCUAUGCGAUUGACUGUUACCGCACAGAAAGCAGUGAGGUGGCGCAGCUGUUUAACUUCAUUCGUCAGGAGAUUGGCUUCACUUUCGCCUUCUAUGUUGUCCACCUGGGAAACAAGAUCGGGUACCAGUGGACCUUCCUUAUGUUCGCCCUCAUUGGUGGGGUAUUGGCAUUUUUGCCGAUGCUUUUCAUCAUCUUCAAGGGAGAAGAGUGGAGAAAGAGACUUGGAAAGCCGGUAGGCGUCAAUGUCCUCGACAGCAUGAUGGAAAUAGCGGACGAGCACGACCAUGGUUCUGGAUGA